UCUCAAAAUCUCACUCUCCAAUAUCUGUCUCUCAACCCUCGUUUCUCACCCUUCCCCCAUUCUCCGUCUCUCAACCCUCGCCUUGCUGCCCUUUCCCUCUCCUUGCCUUGUCUCUGCCUCCUCCCGCGUCGCCGUCACCGUCUCCGUCUCGAUGAUCUCUCUCUGCCUUUGUUUCUCAGUUGCUGCUCUGACUCAUUGCCAUUCCUAUCGCUGAGAACAGUCUCUGAGUCAUCACCAAUCAACAUGUCUCUUGGGUACGCAGAGAAGCUUUCCUACAUAGAAGAUGUCGGCAACGUUGGAAUGGUUGAGCAUUUCGAUGCUUCUCACCUUUUGAGAGAAAAAAUAGAGCGGCUUGCCAUCAUGAUUAAAAAGAGUAAACACUUGGUGGUCUUCACGGGUGCAGGAAUAUCAACUUCUUGUGGUAUACCCGAUUUUAGAGGUCCUAAGGGAAUUUGGACGCUUCAGCGUGAAGGUAAAGCCUUGCCUGAAGCAUCACUGCCAUUUCAUCGAGCGAUGCCAAGUUUGACUCAUAUGGCUCUAGUUGAACUAGAAAAGGCUGGUAUUUUAAAGUUUGUUAUCAGUCAGAAUGUUGAUGGUCUCCAUCUUCGAUCUGGAAUACCAAGGGAGAAACUAGCUGAGUUGCAUGGGAAUUCUUUCAUGGAAACAUGUCCUUCUUGCGGGGUUGAGUACUUUCGUGACUUUGAGGUAGAAACUAUUGGUUUAAAGGAGACAUCACGACGCUGUUCAGAUGAAAAAUGUGGAGGAAGACUCAGGGAUACAGUCCUUGACUGGGAGGAUGCAUUGCCUCCAAAGGAAAUGGAUCCUGCAGAGAAGCACUGCAAACAGGCAGAUAUAGUGUUGUGCUUGGGGACAAGUCUGCAAAUAACUCCUGCAUGCAACUUGCCUUUGAAAGCAAUACGUGGUGGGGGUAAAGUUGUUAUUGUAAAUCUUCAGAAAACUCCGAAGGACAAAAAAGCUGCUUUAGUCAUUCAUGGUUUUGUAGAUAAGGUAAUUGCAGGUGUCAUGGACCAACUUAACCUGCAGAUUCCUCCUUUUAUAAGGAUUGAUCUUUUCCAGAUUAUCAUAAUGCAGGGUUUGAGCCUUGAUAAAAGAUAUGUGAACUGGACUCUCCAAGUUGCAAGUGCUCAUGGACAGAAAGCAACAUUGCCUUUCAUCAAAUCUGUUGAGGUAUCCUUCUUAGACAAGGAAGAUUACAAAGCAGCCAUUCUUGAUAGGCAACCGUUUCGGCUUAAAAGGCGAACAGCAUAUAACAAAGCAUUUGAAAUGGUUCUGAAACUCAAUUUCGGUGAUGGCUGUGGCUGCUCGUCCCUUGAAAUUGAUGUUCCAGUUGAUUUCAAGGGUUCAACCGACUGCUUCAACUUCGAUAAGGAUUUCAUAUUCCAAAAGCUAAGAGAGAAGGCAGUUGUUGAAUCAAAAUGUGGUCAGAAUGAUGUUAUUGAGAGAAAGACCAUCUUGACACCAAGGGGUGAUGUCACCACAUAUGCCAUUGUAACCAAUCUUGUUCACCACAGCAAAACAAGUAAAUCAUCCCCUGAUUCUCGAAGUAACGGUGAUCUUAAAAGAAGAAAACCAAGCUUCAAUGGUACAGGAUCAUCUGGGAAGCGUUCAAAAGUGUCCAAAUGUAAAUCAAGAUCAUAGUAAUACUAGGGUUUAGAUGUAGAUUUUAUUGUAUGUAUGGUAUAAAAAAAUAGAACUGACAGGAAUGAGAAAUUGUAAGAGACUGGGUGAAUUUUGUUAGAUAUGUUACACUCAGUCUUCCCAAAUGGUGCAUAUGAUUAACUGAAAAUGGUUUAUUGAUACUAACUAUAGUGGGUAUUGAUGCCGUUAUAAUAGUAAAUAUUUACCUUAGCAUCUGACAUUGAAUAUGGGAA